GAAAAAUAUUAAUCAUUCAUUGGGAUGAUUCUGUUUUAAUAAUAUUGAUUAAAAAUAUUAAAUUAAUAUGAUGAAAAUUUAAAAAAAACACACAAACUCUAAGUCCAAAAUAUAUAUUUUUUUUGUUAGUAAAUGAUAAAACCCAAACUCUGUAGAGAAAAGGCCCACACUUGUAUUUCUCUUAUCCUUCUCCCAUCGCCGAAAAUGGCGUCGGUAGCAGCAUCAUCGCCGAUAUCCUUCGCCGCUUCAUUCCUCAGAACCAAACCCUUCCCUCUCUCCCCUCGCUUCCUCCCCAUCCCCACCCUCCGCUGCGCCCUCUCUUCCUCCUCCUCCUCCGACCCCAUCGAAUUCGACAUCACAUUCGCUCCUCCAAAACCCGCACCUUCCUCCCCUCGCAACAACGGCUCCGCCUUCCAACAGCUCUUCAUCCCUUGGAUCGUCCGCGGCGAAGACGGCAAACUCAAAGUCCAAGAUCAACCUCCCGCUCACUUAAUCCACGCUUUAGCGGACGCCACCACACAGAACCCUAAGAAGAAGGUCAAGAAGAAGAAGCCACAAGCUGCUUCUUCUUCCUCCUCUUCGGCGACCACUGCCACGUCGGAGCCGAAGCUCUCGAAGGCGGCGAGAAGGUAUUACAAUGAGAAUAUCAAAGAGCCUCCUCAGCGUUUGAGCAAGGUUCUCGCUGCUGCUGGAGUGGCGUCGAGAAGAACCUCUGAAGAGCUUAUUUUUGCUGGGAAGGUUACUGUUAAUGGCUCUGUUUGUAAUACUCCACAGACUCGUGUUGAUCCAACGAGGGAUAUUAUUUAUGUUAAUGGGAAUCGUGUUCCUAAGAAGCUUCCUCCAAAGGUUUAUUUUGCUCUCAACAAGCCUAAAGGAUAUAUAUGUUCUUCUGGAGAGAAAGAGACCAAGUCUGUUAUUAGUUUGUUUGACGAGUUCAUGUCCAGUUGGGACAAAAGGAAUCCAGGGACUCCCAAACCUCGUCUUUUCACUGUUGGUCGUCUUGAUGUUGCAACGACAGGGUUGAUUAUAGUUACAAAUGAUGGAGAUUUUGCGCAGAAACUUUCACAUCCGUCAUCUAGUUUACCAAAAGAAUAUAUUACUACGGUUGCCGGUGAUGUACACAAAAGGCACUUAAUGGCCAUCAGCGAAGGGACAGUUGUGGAAGGAGUCCACUGUGUCCCAGAUUCAGUUGAGUUGAUGCCAAAGCAGCAUGAUAUACCAAGAGCACGGUUACGUAUUGUGGUUCAUGAAGGGAGGAACCAUGAAGUCAGAGAAUUAGUGAAAAAUGCUGGGCUUGAGGUUUACUCACUAAAGCGUGUCCGUAUAGGUGGAUUUAGGCUUCCUUCAGAUCUUGGGCUAGGGAAGCAUGUGGAAUUGAAGCAGAGCGAGCUAAAGGCAAUGGGUUGGAAGAGUUGAAGUUACAGAUGUACAUUUCUGCCUACCUUUUGGAUUUCUUUUUAUCUUUGUUUUCUCAUAUGAUUAGGAACAAUUAUUACGGCUCAUAGUUUGAUUUAUGGUUAUUAAUUGUUAGUUUUCAAUUUGAGAAAGAAACUAGAGAUUGGAGAUUUGUUGGGGUUACAUAUGUUUAGGAAAGACUGGUGUAGUGACUGCAGAAUUGUUUUUUUUUGUUCUUCAACCUCUAGUGUGGUCAUGUGUCUCCUAAUGUCUAAGCUACCACAACUCCACCAGUAUUUGCACUCCCAUUCAUAUCUCCAAGCCAUGACUGAGACUCGAUUCUUUACCAGCCUUAAACUCCUCGAACUUUGUCGUCUCCACCAUAUGUUCACCUUUACUUAAGACUUCUUCCAGCUCAUUGAUUUCCAUAUUGAGGCUAGAGUCCAUCCGUGGGUGUGGCCAUUUGAUGUUGCUUGCUUUCUGUUGAGCUGACUUAAACACGGUUCUGAAGUAGCUUGCUGCUUUCGCUAUUAUCAUGUUGUUGUUAAUGUUAUACUGAUGAAUCUGCUUCUCCAGGGGAUCCCCCCGGCAGCUGUGAAUCAGCUCUCUCCUCGAAGACAUUAUCUCUAAGGAAUUCUUGAUGUCUCUUACCAUCUAAUCAGCAAUAGAUGAAUCACUCUUUCAUUGAUCUCUCAUCAUGGCUAUAGAAUCUUCUGAGUCUUCAGUAUGAAGAACUGUUUCACGAGACAUGUCCAAAACUUGGUGUGGAGGUUAAGUACAUUGCGUGCUGCGUGACUUGAUGUAGUAAAAACCCCACAGAGAGUUCGUUUACAAUGUACUUUAUCAUCUUAGCUAAGCCCUCGUUUAUCUCUGAAAAACAUGAACAGAGAGAAUUCAAUGCAUUCUGAGAAAAAAAAAGCUCCAAAUGCAAAUAUUCUAGGGUC